UUUUUCGUUUGAAUCCCGGAGGCCGUUCGAACAUGUAACGUGCGUUCCACGUGCCCGUCCCCAGCAAGGACAACAUGCUAGCCCAGCAGGCCGCUCCCACCGCCGCCCGCGGCGGAGGCAAGGCGGCAAAGGGUGGCAAGGGCGGCGGCAAGGGCGGUGGCAAGGGUGGUGGCCGUGGCGCACCAGACCCGCUUUGCGCCGCCGCCCUCAACGCCCGAUAUACUCGGUUAGAGCCGGCGGAGCGACGGCGGCAGAGGUGCGGCCGCCGGCGACCUCACACGGCGUCGAGCGCCGUAGAGACGGCCCCGAGAGCCGCCACCAGGUGUGCCACGACCGCGGCCGCGAGGCUCGUGGCGAUGGAUGCGCCAGACCCGCUUUGCGCCGCCGCCCUCAACGCCCGAUACUCGAUCAGAGCCGGCGGAGCGACGGCGGCGGAGACACGGAGUUGCGGCCGCCGGCGACCUCACACGGCGUCGAGCGCCGUAGAGACGGCCCCGAGAGCCGCCACCAGGUGUGCCACGACCGCGGCCGCGAGGCUCGUGGCGAUGGAUGCGCCAGACCCGCUUUGCGCCGCCGUCCUCAACGCCCGAUACUCGAUCAGAGCCGGCGGAGCGACGGCGGCGGAGUUGCGGCCGCCGGCGACCUUCCCCUCGACCACGCCGCCGACCCGUCGACAAGCACGUGCGGACUGCCAUCGAGAAGAAGGAGAAGGAGCGCGGCGCAUCCGGAGCCCGCGGGCGCGGCGUGGGCGGGCGCGGGCGCGG